GUACGGUUUAAGUGGAAAGAUACCCGCUCGCCGGCUAAAUUCGUAGCUAAACAAGCGCACCCAGCUCGGCUUUUACAUGUGUUUUUCUACUUUUUCGUAAUCUUUCGGCUUUUCGGGAGCUGGCAUUUUUUUUUCUGCUCCGGCUUGUCAGGCAUAAGUGAAUGGCUCAUUGCUCUCGAUUGGCGAAUUUUGUUCUGAUGCUAACGUUUUAAGAAAAAUCUCAUUUUAGUGUAUUUAUUAACGUUGGUUUUUCAUUCCUUUCCGUUUUUUUCUUAUCUGUGCCCGCUUCGUUAUGACCAAUCAACAUCUUGUGCGAAAACCUAGUGACGACUUGCUCAAUUACGAGCUGGGAGACGGCGAGGAUCCGGCCCUACUAAACGAGGACGAUCUCCUGCUGUCGGAUGAUGAGAGCAACCUAAAACUAGAUCAACACGAAGAAGAAUUUCUGCUCAGUGAAUCGGAGGACUGGGUCGCCAAACAGCUGGCUGCCAAAGAAAAAGAGAAACGCGAGGCAGAAACUUUCAGCAACAGAAAGAAACCCUCUCCGGAAGUGGAAGCACCUCCGAUCGCUAGAGAAGAACCCUCGAAAAAGACAUCCCCUGUCCCAGCAGUAAAAAGUGCGCCAGUUCAUCGCAGUGCAACGCCAAAAUCGCUUGCUCCAGAAGAGACCAAACCUGCACCCGUUCCGAAGGUGAAGCAAGAAGCCGUUGAGCCGCUGGCACUGCCACAUGUUCAGCAAGAAACGUACAAAAAACCGUUGAUAGUUAAAGACGAGCUCACCUCGAGCGAAGAGUCCAUCCUUCCCGCCUCUACGGAAUCAGACUCCGUGAGCCAUACGAUCACGGAAAUAUCAUCUGUUUCUGGGUCAACACUACCGACAGAGUCCGCCUCUGCGACCUCGCUAGUAACUGAAUCAUCAGUUUCGCUAACAGAAACAGAAUCGGAGGUUUUCUAUUCGAAACAAAGCUAUCAUACCGAAGAAGAAACCGAGCCUGUUUCUUCGCAAGCUUCAUCUGUUCAAAAUGCUACUUUAAUGCAGGAAGGUGAGGUAAAACAUCAAAAUUUGAGCAGAGACAAAUUGUCCAGUCAGUUGUGUGAUACUACCUCUUCAGAAGACGUACUAGAUCUCUACGUCACCCAUCAGGAUCGCGAGCCUGAGUUUUCCUAUGACACAGACGAAUCCACGGAGAAGCGAGACUGGAAGCAUGAAGGCAAACAUUUAGAUGGUGGUAAUAAAGCCCAUUCAAUGCUGCGUGAACAGCAGCAGCAACCACAACAUCGCCAUCUCUCGAAUAGAUCCAACAACUACAAACAUUCCGGGGACUCCGGACCUUCUGGCAAUGAUCAGCAGCAGCACUUUCCUCCUCUGGGAAUGCCAAUCCACCCUGGAGGUCCAAACUUUGGUCCUGGUCCUUUCCGAGGGGGUAUGCGUCCUCGAUUUCCCCCUCGACCGGGUUUCCCGGGUGACAUGAAUAAUUUCCGUAACAAUCGCAUGAAUUUUCCGAUGGGAGGACGACCUCCGUUUCCUCCGCGUGGACCUCCGUUUGAGCAUAUGAUGCGACCCGGAAUGAUUCGGCCUGGUGAUCGUCCACCGUUCGAACCAAUGCGCCCUGGCCCACGUAUGGGACCGGGCGGACCAAUGUUUCGCCCGAAUGGACCAGGUGGUCCUCCACCGCUCGGUGGACCCCCGUAUGGGGGAGGGCCAAUGGGUGGACCCGGUGGAGGUCCAUCGAUGCCUCCGGCCGGACCACCUCCCGGUCCGAUGGGAGCGAUCCCGCCGCCAAACCAGCCGCCGAUUUUGAACUUCGAUACUGGACCCCUGGCAGCUGCCGCUGUACCGCAAAUUCCCGCAACACCUGUUCUGCCACGAAAGGUACUGAUCAAUCCGAACUUCAAGGGAGGUGUCGAAGCGGCCACAAGUCAAAUGAUGCGCGAUGCGCUCAACAGUCAGCAAUUUUUGGCCAAUAUCAACAACUGUCAGGUCAGCGACGAUGAGUUGCUGCGCCAGCAGGAAGAGUUUAUUAACAAAAAUCGUAUCGAAGUGGAGAAGCGCCGUUUCGAGAGAUCACCCUCGCGGGAACGGGACCGGGAACGUGAUCGGGACCGAGACCGCGAGCGGGACCGAGAACGGGAGCGGGAUCGCGAGCGGGAACGGGAACGGGAAAGAGACCGAGAUCGUGAGCGCGAGCGUGGUCGCUCAAGGGAACGCGACCGUGAGCGGGACCGCGAGAGGGAUCGUGAUCGGGAGCAUCGGGAUCGUUCGAGGGAGCGGUCUCGAUCACCGCGGAGGCACCGCGCCGUCAGUCGGGACCGAGAUUCGAAUAGGGGAACGAGGAGGAACUUUCCUCCCAGGCGACACGGCAGCCGUGAUCGGGACGAUGAUAGCCGGUAUCCGAAACGGCGAAAGAGCAGUGACUAUGGGGAAAAUCAGCGAAACAAUAAUGACAAAAAAGACGACGACGAGGAUCCGGAAAUUAAGGCGUACCGGUUAGAAAUUGAAAAGCAAAAGGCUAUUCGGGAGAAAAUUCUCAGGGAUAAGGAGAUGCGCCGUAAGCAGGCAGCUGAGGGAAACAAGAGAAGCAAGCCCUCGGAUCGAAAAUCUGAAGAGCCCGCCCCCAAGUUUACCCCAAUCGUGGUAACCGAGAAAAAGAUCAUCUCACUGAAAAAGAAGUCUGACUCUUCGUCGACCUCGGAGAAACCACCUUCCGAGAGACAUUCUUCUUCCAACCACGAGUCGUCGUCUUCGUCGUCAUCGAACAAGAAGUCGUCACUGCCAACUGAGCACAGCAAGAAGUCGUCAUCGUCGGCGUCAGCCGCCCACAACGAGAACGAUUCUUCGAAGCAAAAGUUGCCAUCGCAGCCUCCGGCUCCGGUCACAACAGCUUCUUUGACUCCAAGUCCUCCUAAGCGCAAAAUUAUCGAUAACCGAGACGAGCUGGACCUGUUCCUCGAUGAGUACGAAGAGGAACUGCUGCGGGAACCAACUCCCUCGCCACCGAGAGAAAAACCGCCGGUCAACACUACCAGUAGCAGUAGCACCGGUGGAGGUGGCAGCAAUCGAGGGGGUGGCGGUGACAGUGGAUUCGGUUCCAGCAGCCGAAGGAUCGUGUUGAAACCGGUAUCCGGCGAGUCGAGGCAUAGCGAGCGGGAUAAGCCGCCGGCUAAGAAAUUGAGAGUAUUUGAUAGACUAGAUAAGCGGAUAGGUGUCAAUGAGGCGGACAAGCGCAAACUGCAAAGGAUAAGCUGUGAUUUCGAUUUUAAUAACAACGCUGGCGAUAGCACCCGAAGGCACACCAAAUGUGACCGCAAGAGCCCUUGGCCUUCUGCUAUCGUGUCCAUAGAAUCAAAAGGAGAACGCGCAAGUAGUAAGUCGCCGCCACCUCGUAGAACCAAGUCCGCCAAGGUCUACGGCGAUGUUAAGCGUAAGUCGAAAAAGAGCAAAAAAAGCAAGCGGCACGGGAAGAAUGCACGGGGAAGUAGGAAGUAACCAUUAACCUGACUAGAUCACACAAGCGGACUAUAAUGCUGUAGUGCAAGUGUAUAAUUUACUCUAUUUCUGUA